AUUAAAGGUCAAAAGUUUCGCGGGAACCAACAUGGCGAACGGGAUGGCGUCCACAGCGCUGGACGCGGUGCAGUGUCCCGUUUGUCUUAAAGACUUCACGCCGGCCACCAUUAACGCACACCUCGACGUGUGUCUGCUGAAAAGCGUCACCGAAAGCAGCCCGCCGUCAGGAGACGACAGCGAGCCUCCCAUGAAAAAAUCUCGCAUAAGCGCGGAGGCUGAGCCUCCCUGCCACGGGGUCAACAACACUGCUGCGGCCACCUCCUCCUCCUCCUCCUCCACUUCCUCCUCCACCUCCCCCGUGGCCGCUGCGGCUCCUUCAUCUUCGGUAUUUUCUCUGUUUCAGACCAACAAGAGUAAAGUUUCAGCUCCGAGUGAACGGAGCAGGUUUUUAUCAAGUAAACAAACUGCUGUCAACAAGGGAGUUAAACGUGCUUUCCUGGGCGAGGCGGAGCCGGAAUCAGCAGCAGGUCCAACUAGUGACCUGAGGACCCAGCAGCCCCCUGCACAGAACAGACACACUUUAUCACCAAAGACACUGCUGUCCACCAACAAGCCUUUAGCGGAGAUGCUGAGACCAAACACACUGGAGGAAUACUUCGGUCAAAAUAAAGUUGUGGGCCAGCAAACACUCCUCCGCUCUCUUCUGGACUCGCAGGAAAUCCCGUCUCUGAUCCUGUGGGGACCACCAGGGUGCGGAAAGACCACUCUGGCUCACAUAAUUGCCAGCAGCAGUAAAAAGAAAGGAACCGCUCGCUUUGUCACUCUGUCCGCCACCAGUGCGUGCACCAAUGACGUGCGGGAGGUGAUCAAGCAGUCGCAGAAUGAGCUGCGGCUGUGCAAGAGGAAGACCAUCCUGUUCAUUGAUGAAAUUCAUCGCUUCAACAAAUCCCAACAGGACACCUUCCUUCCUCACGUGGAGUGCGGAACGGUGACUCUGAUCGGGGCUACAACAGAAAAUCCGUCCUUCCAGGUGAAUGCUGCCCUACUGAGCAGGUGCAGGGUGCUGGUUCUGGAGAAGCUCUCUGUGGAGGCGAUGGGCUCGAUCCUGGACAGGGCUGUGGCCACUCUGGGGAUCAGAGUCCUGGGACGAGAUGCAACAAAUCCCAAAGAUGAAGACCAAUCAGACGGACUUGAGCCAAAGAUUUCCAUUGAACAAACAGCUCUGGAAACCAUCGCCUUCCUUUGUGAUGGUGACGCGAGAACAGGACUCAACAGUCUGCAGCUGGCUGUUCAGGCUCAGGUGAGCUCGGCCCGGCCCGACCCAUCCAGAGAAGAUGGUUCUCAGGAAAUACUGGUGACGGAGCAGCACGUCAAGGAAGGACUUCAGAGGUCCCAUAUUCUUUAUGACAAAGCUGGUGAAGAGCAUUAUAACUGUAUCUCAGCGCUCCAUAAGUCGAUGAGAGGCUCCGAUGAGAAUGCAUCUCUGUACUGGCUCGGCCGCAUGCUGGAGGGCGGAGAGGAUCCUCUCUAUGUGGCUCGCAGACUGGUUCGCUUUGCCAGCGAGGAUGUGGGUAUGGCGGACCCCUCCGCUCUCCCUCAGGCCGUGUCAGCCUUCCAAGCCUGCCACUUCAUCGGGAUGCCUGAAUGUGAGGUGAUCCUGGCUCAGUGUGCAGUCUACAUGGCACGAGCCCCCAAGUCUGUGGAUAUCUACAACGCCUAUGCUAAUGUGAAGACCUGUUUGAGGAACCACAAAGGCCCUCUCCCUUCUGUCCCCCUGCACCUUCGCAACGCUCCCACCAAGCUGAUGAAACAGCUGGGCUACGCUAAAGGCUACAAAUACAACCCUGCCUUCAGCGGCACCGUGGAGCAGGACUACUUACCUGACGCGCUGCAGGGGAUCAACUUCUUCACCUGGACACCUGCAGACCCCUAAGGAUCUGUUGCAAUGACUGACACAGCUUGCUCUAACAGGUUAAAAAUCAAAGCUGUAACUUCUGAUUAUUUUCCAUUAUCAAUUAUUCUGUUGUUUAUUCACUUGAUUAAUCAUUUGAUCUAAAAAAAAAAAAUUCAGAAAACAGUGAUAAAUGUCCAACGUGAUGCUUUUAAAUGUCUUGUUUGUCAACUCCAAAACCCAAAGAUAUUCAGUUUAAUAACAUAAAACUGGGAAAAGCAGGAAAUCUCCUAAUUUUAGAGGCUGAAGACUGCAUUUUCUGUCAAUUUUGCAUGAAAAGUUACUAUCAUGGUUAAUCUCUCCUCAAAAUAGGUGGCGAUUAUUUUUCUGUCCAAUGACUAAACUGUUAGUCGAAUAAUCUUUGCAGCUCUACUGAUGAAUGAAAACAAUCCCACCAAAUAAUCACGUGUUGUGUUAAGUAAGUUUUUAUAGCUGCUAAUCCAAAUUCAAAGUUACUAUUGGGACUUAAUUUGCAAACAUUAAAAAAAUAAUUAAGCAUGUGUCCAUCAGUCAACCAUCAUGUGAUGUUCAAAUUUCUCUC